AUGAGUCUUCUCUUGUUGAGUUUCCUCUUGUUCAUCCCAAUCCUUCUUCUGCUUAGAAGAGAAAGAAGCUCAUCCAGAAGGGUUCCUCCAGGUUCACUUGGAAUACCUAUUAUUGGUCAAAGCCUUGGCCUUCUUCGAGCUAUGCGUGCCAACUCCGCAGAAAAAUGGGUUCAAGAAAGAAUAAGCAAGUAUGGUCCCAUUUCAAAGUUAAGCCUCUUUGGAAAACCGACAGUUUUAGUCUAUGGACAGGCUGCAAACAAGUUUGUAUUCUCCGGUGGUGGUAACGCAAUUGCUAACCAACAAACACAAUCCAUCAAAAUGAUUCUAGGUGACCGAAACUUGCUGGAACUGAGUGGUGAAGAUCACAGCCGAGUCAGAGGUGCACUUGUCUCAUUUUUGAAGCCAGAAUCCUUGAAGAGAUAUGUGGGAAAAAUGGAUGAAGAAGUCAGGAGGCACCUUGAGAUGCAUUGGCAGGGGAAACAGCAGGUCAAGGUAUUGCCCCUGACGAAGGCUCUCACGUUCAACAUAAUUUGCUCCCUUUUGUUUGGUCUUGAGAGUGGAAAACAAAGAGAUCAAUUCCUGGAUUUCUUCCAAGCGAUGAUUGAAGGAAUGUGGUCAAUCCCAAUUAACGUGCCCUUCACACGCUACAACCGCAGCCUUAGGGCAAGUGCAAGAAUCCAGACCAUACUGAAAGGGAUUGUGCACAAGAAGAGGAUUGAACUCCAACAAAAUGCAGCAUCUGCACGCCAAGACUUGAUUAGUUGCUUGCUAGGCAUGGUUGAUGAAGAUGGCAAACAACUUAUGACCGAGAAGGAAAUCUUUGACAACAUUAAGCUCGUCAUGGUUGCUGGACAUGACACUUCAUCUGUUCUAAUCACUUUCAUCAUCAGACUCUUAGCCAAUAAACCUGCUAUUUAUGCAGCAGUUCUUCAAGAACAGGAGGAGAUAGCAAAAAGCAAGCCCGAGGGAGAGGCACUCACAUGGGAAGACCUUUCAAAGAUGAAGUACACCUGGACAGUAGCAAUGGAAACUCUAAGGAUGUUUCCUCCUGUUUUUGGUGGCUUCAGAAAGGCUACAGUAGAUAUUGAAUAUGAAGGAUACGUCAUACCCAAAGGAUGGCAGAUAUUCUGGGUCACAGCAAUGACCCACAUGGAUAGCAGCAUUUUCCCAGAGCCAUCAAAGUUUGAACCUCAGAGAUUUGAAAACCAAGCAUCUGUACCACCCUACUGCUUCGUUCCAUUUGGAGGGGGCACAAGAAUAUGUCCAGGGUAUGAGUUUGCCAGGCUUGAAACUCUCGUUGCAAUUCAUUACCUUGUGACCCGGUUCAGUUGGAAGCUAUGUUCAGACAAUUUCUUCAGUAGGGAUCCAAUGCCAGUACCUUCACAAGGACUACUGGUUCAAAUUUCGCCAAGGACACUUUCUUAA